AGUCAGAUUUGGAUUGAGCGUGGAGCUCCUCAAGGACUCAACUGCAUUAUGGUUGGUUGGGCGAUUGAUCCAGAGUUUUAUGGUGAUAACAAUAUUCGUUUCACGACUUAUUGGACGAACGAUGGAUUUGAGAGAACGGGGUGUGCAAAUACAGUAUGUAAAGGAUAUAUACAACACUCUUCAGAAUUGUAUCCAGGGAAAAUUUUUGACCACGUCUCUAUUUAUGGUGGACACCAAGUAGCUGCAAAUCUAUCUGUUAUUCGGGAUGGACCUACGGGGAAUUGGUUGCUAAUGAGUAAUGGUGCUCUAGUUGGAUAUUGGCCUAAGGAACUCUUCUCACAUCUAGGACAGGGAGCUGAUACAAUCCGUUACGGCGCGGGUACCGUUGGUGGUGCUCCGAUGGGCAACGGGAAGUUUCCGGAUAAAGGGAAUGAUUUAAGUAAGUCAUCGUAUUUUAAAGACAUAAAAUAUGUUGAUGCCAAUUUGAAGAGCAAUCCCAUCAGUGAGUUGGAGAUGGUUGUUAAUACCCCAAAACCCAACUGUUAUAAGUUGAAUUAUUUGAAAGAUAAACAAACCAUUACUUAUGGUGGUCCUGGUGGUUCUUGCCCCUAGUUGAUUAAAUCUCUCUUUAUUUAUAUAAAAAAAAUAUAUAACAAUUCUGAAAGUGUGUUUGUAAUAAUUUCUUAUCCCUU